AUGGCGAAUUCAGCAAGUGAAUGGAACAUUGAUUGUUUAGUGAAUGUUUUAUUAAUAGUUGCAUUACUAUUAGUGCUGCCAGUGUUAUUUAUCAUUCUUAUGGUGCUUCAAGUGCAUCGCCAAAUCGUUAUGGCGCUGCUUGCUCUUCGGCAUGGUGCUUCAUUUCGCGGACUGCUAGAAGGAACGGACGUUGUAUGGGCCGUACAAGACCAUAGUUCCAAGGCUAUGACAAACGUACUGCUUCUGUUCGACAUGUCAACGGCAGCAAACCCUAGCAAUGAAAUCAUCCGCAUAUUUCGCGAAAGACUCACCAAUCGACUUCACAGUAAUGUUUACGAAAAGCUGUUUUGGCAUCGGCGUCUACGUUGGGGUUAUUACUUUUGGACCCUACGGAAUGAAAUCUCAUUGCAAAAUUACGUGCGUCAGCUAGAUACUGUUCCGUUCGUUAACACGUUGUCACGAAUGCAGCUUUGUCAACUGAUUGGACCAAUCAGCAGCCGAGAGUGCAAAGAAGGCAUGUCUUGGGAGUUGCUUAUCGGAACGCAGCCUGUUAUCUAUCAGUCGAAUGAAUCGCCGUUAUACCCGGUUGUUUUUAGAUAUCAUCACUCGAUUGCAGACGGAGUAGCUAUCUUUCGAUUAUUUCAUGACGACUUUUUGGACGAUGCAAAGGCUGUGCACGCAUGGGACCCAAAGCACGCCAAUCAGGUGUUCGCUAAGCCGUCCGUGUCCUGGAAUCAGCUGAAGCAGAUAGCUUUUACAGGACCAAAGUUUAUCAUAAACGAGUUAUUUUUCAAACGCGAGCGAAAUCCUUUUUACGGCCAACGCCCUAGUGACAAUAAGCUAACAUGUUGGCUGCGAGAAGAGCCCUAUCGCAAAGGCGCUCCAAAUCUGAUUUGCACAAUCAAAAAAGCGAAACAGUUGAUAGAGGGAAGCAGUUUUACAGACGUAUUUUUGACGGCACUCGCCAUGAGUCUUCGGACGCAUUGCGCUCGCAAAAUGUUGGACAUCCCACCGUCCCUUACCAUCGGAACGAUGCGUCGCUUCGUGAAAGAAUCGAAAGGUGUUCGAUUGUGUAACCGCUCCUCGGCAGUAUUUCAAACAUUGCCCAUAGGGUGUUUGCCGGUUUCUGGAUCGCCGAUGUCCAUCCCCAGCCUAGUGGAACAAAUAAGCUCCGUCGCAGCCCAGAGCGCCAUCGUGCAAUCUUCUACAGACCAAUUGACAACUCACUGGAGCCUUUCGUACCUGCCAAUGCUACUGCCAGUCCCUAUUAUGCGUUUUCUGUUUACGAAAAGCAAAUUCUCUAUAGCUUUCUCCAACAUUCCGGCUUUUCAAACGACGCCCUCUGUCGGCGGCUACGUACUGCAAGAUGCUUGCUUUUGGGUUCCGAACAUCGAGGGUAAUCUUCUUGGGGUGACUGUUUUGACAACGGCUGGCAGGUUACAGAUUGGCAUGAUUGCCGAUCGCAUUAUUAUUUCGAAGGAGGAAGAGCUUGACGCAAUACUUCAUGACGUCAUCAGAGAGUUGGAAAACGUCGCCAAACUAUUCGACCAAACCCGAGAGUAG